UCCAUUUUUGCAAGUAUAGGAGGGAUGAAAAUCAACUGUAUAUAUUUGCUGAUGAUGUUGUUCCACGAUGGCUUACUGCAUCAUACCAUAUAGAUUUUGACACCAUGGCUGGUGCAGACAAGUUUGGUAAUGUCUAUUUUGUGCGGCUACCCCAAGAUGUAUCAGAUGAGAUAGAAGAAGACCCAACUGGUGGAAAGAUAAAAUGGGAACAAGGGAGGCUCAAUGGAGCUCCGAACAAGGUAGAGGAGAUAGUUCAGUUUCACAUUGGCGAUGUCGUAACUUCCUUGCAGAAGGCAUCUCUGAUACCAGGUGGUGGAGAAUGUGUCCUUUAUGGAACGGCAAUGGGGAGCUUGGGGGCAUUGCUUCCAUUCACUUCCCGUGAUGAUGUUGACUUCUUUUCCCACCUAGAGAUGCAUAUGAGACAGGAACACCCUCCCUUGUGUGGACGAGAUCAUAUGGCUUAUAGAUCUGCGUAUUUCCCUGUAAAGGACGUGAUUGAUGGGGAUCUGUGUGAGCAGUUUCCUACCCUGCCUAUGGAUUUGCAGAGAAAAAUUGCAGAUGAGUUGGAUCGAACUCCUGGGGAGAUACUGAAGAAACUUGAAGAAGUCCGAAACAAGAUUAUUUGAGAUAGCUGAUAGCAUCAAGUCUAAGGUUGUUUUACCUGGAUUUAUCAGCCCGGAUCACUGGUUGCGAGUUGUGGUUAAGAAAGCUAAAGCAUGUCUCACAUGCUCCCGAGGCAGAUGAGGAGAUAUUGCAAGUUGUUCCAAGUUGAAAGCACGAGGCAUAGAUAGAAGUAUUGUAUAAGUUUUGAAACAAACUAGUUGUAUUAGAGGCCAAAAAUCAGAGAUUGACAUUUGCUGCUGUUGUAAUUAAUCAGAUCCUCUUGUGCAUUUGUAUGUUCAUUAGUAGAUAGAGAUUGAUUUUUCCA